CAAGUGCCGAAGAAUCACGGCUCUGACCGAGGACUUACCUACGAUUAUCGGACUUACUGAGCUCUAACCGGACUAACGAAACAUGCUGCUGGAGCGAGAGGACAGCUUUAUGUCAGAAUUUGAGGACGCUUGCAGCGCGUGGGUGGACAGCGUGGGCUCGAGCCUCAGCGAAGACUCGGACGUGGGCUCCCCGUUCAGCCAAGUGUUCUCUCCCGGGACCGACGCCUCGGACUCGGACUUCUUCUCGGACUUUAGUGACUGCUCUUCGGACUCCCAGUCCCCGGGGCUGGACGGUGCCUUCUUCCAGGAGCAGAACGCGGCUCCGGGUCUAAGCAGCGCCGCUGACGCCAUCCUCAACAUGAUCACGGAGAUCGUGGGCAUCUGCAGCGACGUACAGCCAGAGCCGCAGCCCGCUGCCCCCGCUCCAAGCCCCCCAUCUGCGCCGGUGCUUCCCUCGGUGUCUGUGAAGACCGAGCCCGUGCUGGUGAAGACGGAGUUCAGCCCGAGCUGCGGCGGAACCUGCCUCACCACCAGCGCAGAUUGUGAGCCGCUGCCGCUGGAGCUGGAUGCCCUGGAUGUGGCGGAGCUGCUGGACACUCUGCUGCUGCCCGAAGCCGCUCAGAGCGCACCGAGGUCCGGCCUGGAGCUGAAGCAGGAGCCGCGGGACUGGCUCUGUACCGGGCUCCCUGGAGCAGAGGGGGAUCCCGCCACCUACGUCAUCAGCGGGAAUCCAGUCGUGGACGCGCACGUGCUUUCCUCCCUGCUGCAGGGCGUGCACGUCCCCGCUCCAAAGGCUGCAGCCCGCGGGAGGCGGCAGAAGAGCGUCAAAGCCAAACCGUUCCCUUGCGUGGUGCAAGGAUGCGAGCGCCGCUUUUCGCGCUCAGAUGAACUGAACCGCCAUGUGCGCAUCCACACGGGACAGAAGCCUUUUCAGUGCACAAUCUGUGCGCGCGCCUUCAGCCGCAGCGACCACCUGACCACACACACGCGCACGCACACGGGGGAGAAGCCCUUCUCCUGUGACGUCUGCGGGAAGAAGUUUGCGCGCAGCGACGAGAGGAAAAGGCACGGGCGCGUGCACAUCAAGCAGCAGCUUCGUGCACAGAUGAUGGCCGCGUAUGCACUGGCCGUGAACGCGCCAGGAGUGUAAUGUGCGGUCACGUGAGAAGCUUUAAUUAUUGUCACUGAGUUUGUGGCACUUUCAAAUGUUUAAGCCGCGGCACAAGGUGUGCGUAAUGGCGUAAAAGCCCGCAGUACAUGGCACGUGGCCUGGAAUUAAAGGGUCUGGACUUGAUCUGGACUUGGUCUGGGUUUAGUCAGAUCUGGACAAGGGAACUUGGUCUGAACUGAGCAGGAGCAGAGUCACUGACUGCAGCAGAGGAUCAUGGGAAUCCUGUAUUUGUUUGUGUUUUUGCUGUUACAGCGUGACGUCAUAGUGUGACAGACUGUCAGUGUUGUGGACCAAUCAGAGGAGACUUUCAGGGCGGGCGUAAGCACUGGAGGGUUUUCAUUAGACACCCGAAUGAACUGAAGCAAAGCACUUUGUCUUAAAAAUUGGUGGAUAUUUUUGUGGCAGAUGUUUGUGCCGCCGAUGCAUGACCUGUGGAUCUAUUUUGUCUAAACAGUUCUAUAUUUGUAUCAUAUUUGACACAGUUAUAUUUUUGUACCAUGUAAAUGACACAGUAAACCUCUGGAUGAUGUCAUUCAGACCCAGGGCACCUCUGGAGACAGGUGCAUCAUGGGAGCUGUAGUGCUCAGAGCAUCUGAGCGGAGAGUAGCACAAAUGUUGUGCACGUUACUGUCCUGUGCAUGAGACGCUGUCAAU